GGAAGGCAGGACGGACGAGCGUCAGUGAGGUUGUGGAAGAUCUUUGGAGCAACAGAUAGCAGAGCAGGAGGAGGCAAAAAAGAAGAAAAUUCCUGGCUUCACCAGCAGAAGAAGACUGAAGAAGCAGAACCCCUGUCCACCAUCACAAGGACAUCAUCUUUCAGGACGGGGUCCUGCGUGCUGUGAUGGAGCGGUGCGCUCGGAGCGAGGGCGAGCAUCAUGCUGCUGCUGCAGUGCUGGUGGACUUGCUGCUAACUUCCAUCAAAAUGUGACACUCUGCUGAAAGAGGACAAAGGAUUCCUGCAGGUGAGACGUCCUCUCCAGAGAAGGUUCCAGAAUGUGCCCCGUUUGGCUCUUCCUGCUGCCCUCGCUCCUCAGAGCCCAGGUGACUCCAGAGCUUCCAGCAGGAGAUGUGAGCAAGGAGGACGUGAGCAACAGCACCAGCAUAGGAGACCCACCAGGUAGCCCCCCCACUCCCUCAGACCCAACAGAACCUGCAGGCGCUGCCACAAAUACCUCGCAAGCUCCACUAGAGGACGACUGGACCCCCGCGGAGAACUUCUUAUACACUGGAGAUUCUUCCGCAGUGGAGGUGGCGCGCUGCGCACGGGGCUACAGCCCACCAGGUCAGUCUGGAUCACUUCCAGACAGCUUCAGCGCCCCCUUGAGACCGGCGCUGGAUGCUUUGGCCAACACGGCCAACUUUCUCAACAUGAUCUUCCAGGCCAGCGACUUGCGGGAGAGCACAGUGCAGGAGGACAUGGAGUGGUACCACGCUCUGGUCCGAGCCCUCCUGGAGGCAGACGGACUCAUCCGGCGGGCCUUGCUCACCUUCGACUGCAACCCCGCCAGCCCGGCGCCGCAGCUGGUGCUCCGGGCCAGUCGCGGCCUGGCGUCCAAGAUGCAGGCCAUCGUGCUGCAGGACUUAUCCAAGACCUGGGAACACCUGCACCUGCCGCCCCCCGCCCCCGACGACAGCUGGUUCCGCCGCUUCAAGUUCCCAGAGUCCAGUCCACUUCGGCCCGUGCUGUCCAAGAGGGUCCUCCUCAACGACCUCAGCACAUUGGACACGCCAAAGUGGGGGCGGGGUGACAGCUACGUGACCAAUGGCAGCGGAGUCCGUUGGGCCAGCGCCCCCUACCUGGACUGUCAAGAUGGCCGCUUUGUGCCCAGGUGGAUGCUAACCUUGUCCACGUCCUUCUAUGGACUCAAACCAGACCUGACACCUGAAUUCAGAGGCGUGAUCCGUGUUGACGUGGACAUCCAGGACGUGGACUUGGACCAGUGCGUCACAGGAGACGGCUGGUUUGCCGACACACACCAGUGCAACCGCACCAGCAUGGAGUGCGUGCCAAUCCCAGGGCGGGGCUUCAGGCUGGGUCAGUACUGUUGUCGCUGUAAGGAAGGAUACUACAACCCUGAGACAGCCACCUGGAAAGCAGAUGGUGGCAGCGUGAACACGAGUGCGAGCAGCAUCAGCAGUCAGUGUUACCCAUCCAUGCCCACCUGUCUACCGUGCUGGCCGGGUUGCCGGAGGUGCCAGGAUGGCGCCCCGUGCUGGGUGCAGGAGGACUGGCUGCUGAGGGUCGGCGUGCUGGCUGUGCAGGGGACCUUCAUGGUGCUCAUCUUCAUCAGCAUGCUGGUGGCCUACCGCCAUCGGCGCAGCAGGAGAAUCCGGGCGUCUGGCCUCCUGCUGCUGGAGAUCAUCUUGUUUGGCUCGCUGCUCCUCUACUUCCCUGUCUUCAUCCUGUACUUCAAGCCCAGCACGUUCAGGUGCAUACUGCUGCGCUGGGUCCGGAUGUUGGGUUUUUCCAUCGUCUAUGGCACUCUCACUCUGAAGAUGUACAGGGUUCUUAAGGUGUUCCUGUCCCGCACUGCUCAGAGGGUCCCGUACAUGUCCAGCCUCCACCUGCUGAGGAUUCUGGGAGUGAUGUUGAUGACUGUCAGCUGGUUCCUGUGCGCCUGGACGGUGGGGGUCCUGCAGAACCGCGACCGGAACAUUCCAGUGUUUGUGACAGGCAGCACAUCAGAGGGCCAGGACUUCAACCUGUGCUACCUGGACCGCUGGGACUACAUGAUGGCUGUUGCCGAGCUUCUGUUCCUGUGCUGGGGAAGCUCCCUGUGGACCGCUGUUCGGCCAGUGCCCUCAGCCUUCCACGAGCCUCGUUACAUGGGCAUCGCCAUCCACAACGAGCUUCUUCUCUCCACCAUGUUCCACCUGUGCAGGUUUACGUUUCCUUCUCUGCAUCCUGACUGGAUGCUGCUACUCUCCUUCGCACACACCCAUGUAACCAUCACUGUGACACUUGCGCUACUCUUCAUCCCAAAGUUUCUGUACAUGAGCAAACCUGGCAGGGAGGAAAUCGCCGCUGAGGUGUAUGAAGACGAGGUGGAUCUGCGGCGGUCGUACCUAAACAGCAGCUUCCGGUCUGCUUGGAGCGAGCGCAGUGUGGAUCCUGAUGACUUCAGGGAUGAACUGAAGAGACUGUACUCCCAAUUAGAAGUCAACAAAGCCAAGAAGAUGAGCACAAAUAAUCCUCACUUAUCAAAGAAGCGAAGCUCUCGAUGCGCUUUGGGAAGAUCCAUCAUCAAACGAAUUGCUGAGAUUCCAGAAUCUGUGAGCCGACAGUGCAGUCGCGAGGAUAGAGAUGGAUCCUUCCGCAGUACAAGUGGGAACCACUCUGGGUCAUUUAGGAGGGCCGCGGACAACUUAAGCAUCAGAAGUUCAAUGAAGUCACCAUCACCGUCUCCACACAAGUCACCAAGUGAUCACUACUACGUCCGAGAGAGCUCCUUCUCGCGGGACUCCUCCAUGCUAAGGAUCAAUGCUGUGAAAAGAUCCUCUCAGAGAUCAGAGACAGAUUCUUUAGACAUCCAUCCAGCAGUCUGCAAAUCAGUCAGUGCACAAAAUUUGACAAUUGACACCAACCUGUUGCACCCUGACCACACCAGGCUUCACAAGUCCUGGAGUCUAACGUCGACUACCAAUCAUUCCGUGGAGAACAUGACCAUGGCCAAUGGUUCCACGUCCCGGCAAAGCCUCUCUAUUAGUGAGCAGACCAGGAGCGCGCUACAGUCUGAGUCUUUUGACAAAGCGGAGGUUUGUCCUUGGGAGGUGGCGCAAGAACAGUCAGGGGACAAAAGCCACAAGCAUGUCACCUACGCUAAAUCUCAGGAUGAAGACGCGCAGAGUCCCACCUCGCCAGUCGCUCUUGUGUGUCCCUGGGACCACUUACUGCCUUUGGAGAAUAAGCGUCCACAAGACAAGGGAGAGACAGAGUCCCCCCAACCACAGGCUCCAGUCUCUGCAAGCGCACCAGGGUCUCCAAGAUCCAAAGUCAAUAAAGAUCAGCGAGUAUUUUCCUUCCGAAACACCACCACCAAGUGGCUGUCUGUCAAAUCCUUCCUGACCUCUGUGGAAGCAGCAAGCAGGUCCAGUAAAGACGAAACUUUAAAUAGGGAAGAUUCUGUCUCACAGAAAAGUCAAGAAAGUGUCUCCUCAACAUCCAGGUCAGGAACAUCCAGUAGACAUCCAAGCAUGGAAAGGAGAAACCUGCAGAAAAGAAGCAUGACCACCGCAGAUGGAAAACCUUGCCUUGUCAAGCAGAAUGCCAUCCGACUGUCCUCUGGGGAUUCUUCUGACAGGAGUCCAAGAAGGCUUGUCAUUGUGAAGUCCACCAUCUAUCCUGGAGACGCAGAUGAUAUUCAAAGAGAUGGAACAUACGAAAAUGUCUUUCUGUCCAGGCAAAGUAGUAAACGAAGCAGCAUAAGCUCCUGGGACACUGCCAGCAGCUCAAGGACGCCUUCAACUCACAGAAGAGGAAGCAAAAGACUUGCAGGUCGAAAUGUGUCUCAUGCAGACAUUUGUCCAUGGGAAGGACUCGGUGCUUUACAGAAAGGUGAGGGCUCCAAGCAGCAGCAAAGCAUUAAAGCAGACAUCUGCCCGUGGGAGACAGGCUCAUCCAAUGUAUGUCCUUGGGAGUCUCACCAGCAAGAUAUGCUCAAAAGACAAGAAAGCGGGCGUGCAGACGUGUGUCCCUGGGAAUCCCAAGAUGUUCCUUCUAAUUCUCAUGUCGUUUCCUCAAAGACACAACUGUGUCUGAAACGUUCCGCAGACAUUUGCCCGUGGGAGACAGCGGAAACACCACUACCAAUAAUAAGGCAAGACAGUGAGUAUGCCAAUGUCUGUCUGUGGGAAGUUCAAGACAACGCUGAAGUUGUGUAUGAGAACCUAAAUCCCAUAGAGACCAAAGGAUCCCUCAAGGUGCCCUCAAGACAAGUAGCAAUGAAAGCUGCUGUAUAUCCCAGUAUGUCAGGUCAGGGACAACUCAACCCCACUAAAUCUCCCGUCCUGCUAAUAGAAAGAAAAAUGACCAAGACAGAAGAAAGUUGUCCAUGGGAUUUCCCAGAUCCCCCCCAAAUUAUGGAGGAUGGUGGUCCUUUGGAAGAAGGCAAAGUAGAACCAACAACUAGAAUCUCACCUUUGCAAAUUAUCAUCAAGGCAGACGUCUGUCCCGGGGACAGUAGACAACAGGACAAACUAAAUGACUCAAAAGGUGUCUUACCUUUGGAUGAUGCAUCAUCCCAACGGAAGACCACCAAUGUUAGCGUCAAUGUAUGUCCCUGGGACUCCGAACAGCCAUUAUCAGUAAAAACAGACAUAAUGUCUAAAAAUCACGUAAGACAAGAUACUUCUCGAGCAAAUGUCUGUCCAUGGGAAACAGAGGAAGCAAUGAGAGUCAAAACAGAAGCAUCACAAAAACUACAGCAGCAAAGAGCAGAAACACAGAAAGUUCAGGAAAAGCAGGACAGCACUAGAUCAGACUUUUACCCAUGGGAGACAGAAGAACAGAAAGUACUGACAAAGCAGGACAGUUCUCGAGAAAAUGUUUGUCCAUGGGAAGUGGAGAACCCAAAGAUUUUGAAAAAGGAGGACAGUUCUCGAGAAAAUCUUUGUCCAUGGGAGUCAAAACAGCCCAAAGUCCUGACAAAACAGGACAGUUCAAGAGCUGAUGUUUGUCCCUGGGAGACAGAUGAACCAAAGGUCUUCAAAAAACAGGACAGUUCUCGAGAAAGUGUUUGUCCCUGGGAGACUGAAGGGCCGAAAGUACUGACAAAGCAGGACAGUUGUAGAACAGAUGUUUGUCCUUGGGAAGUGGAGGAACCAAAGGUUUUGGAAAAGCGGGACAGUUCUCGAGAAAGUGUUUGUCCCUGGGAGACUGAAGGGCCAAAAGUACUUACAAAGCAGGACAGUUCUAGAACAGAUGUUUGUCCUUGGGAAGUGGAGGAACCAAAGGUUUUGGACAAGCAAAACAGUUCAAGAGAGAAUAUUUGUCCACGGGAAAGUGAAGACGCAAAGUCUGUAAAGAAGCAAGAUAGCACAAGAGGAGAUGUUUGUCCCUGGGAGACAGAAGAGCCAAAAGUACUGAAAAAGCAGGACAGUUCUAAAGCAGACGUCUGUCCCUUGGACAAAGAAGAAAGUAAAGUUUUCAAGAAACCUCACAGCUCUCAGACCAGUGUAUGUCCAUGGGAGACUGAUGACUCAGCAGUCCUGAAAAAACAAGAAACCGUACGUCCAGAUGUCUGUCCAUGGGAGACAGAAGAAACAGGAAGUGUCAUAGACCAAGAUGGCUCUGGGACCCAGGUUUGUCCCGGUGAGAUCCAGGAUCCACAACCACCAAGCCAACCCAAUGAGGUCCCAGAGAAUCAGGGUCUUCUCAGUGAUGAGCAGCUGGACGGUCCUAAAGCUAGCCUGGCGCUGGGUCGUCGUGAUGCCUUGUGUCCAUGGGAGAUGGUAAGAAGCAGCUCUGGAUCGUUCACAGACAACAACUCUGACGUUUUCACGUGGGAGCCUGAGAACAUUCCUGAGGAGGAUGAGGACGACGAUGCAGAAUGUGCCGCUGAGGCACUCAUAUUCCCUCCUGAUCUUUGACCACUCCUGACUUUUUGAUGGGAUGCUAAGAGCUAGAAGACAUGUCCAGAAACUACAUGGCCGAUAUGGACGUAGUAUGGUCUCAUCCAGUGACAUUUUGUUUUGUGACUGACAGGCUGGACACUAAACUGUGACAGAAAUUACCUUACUGUUAGAAGACAUGUUGUAAGUGCGGGACAUCUAAGUGGUUUUCACUUAGUCCCUUUUCUCUCCCUGUCCCCUCCUUUCAUUACCAAAUUGAAGCGGUGCCAAGGCAGGUCCACAGUACGAGAAAGAGCAAAUGUAGCACGGAAUCAAUCUGAUAUGGCACCGUUGUUCCAACUAAACAAAAUUAAAACACGUUUAAAGUAAUGAAGCCAAUUGAGAUUAGGGUGGAAAGGACAUCAUUUGACAAUUAUAUAAAAAUAUAAGAUGAUGUCCAGGGUGGAAAGGACAUCAUUUGACAAUUAUAUAAAAAUAUAAGAUGAUGUCCAUUCUAAUUUCAGCAAAAGGUUACGCUCAAGGCUAAUGUUAUUUUAGCAGCAUGAUGGUGGAAAACUUCCCUAUGUUGUACAAUUAUAAUAUUCCUUUGCUAUCAUUUAGUCAGUUAUGAGCUUUUUUUUUUUGAUUGGGUAAGUCUUGUCAGUGGCAUUGCUAAAUGUUUGUCUUGUUGCAUGAAAGGAGAAAACAUCUAAAUGUAGGAAGACAGCAUGUAUGUGUCUUUUAUGACAGAUUCUUCCGAAAACUUAUUUUGCCGGGCAAGUAGGGACGUUUUAUUUUUGUACUUCACGAGGGCAACAAUGCAGGACAGUCAUGAGAAAUAAAGCUUAGCAUUUGUGAACAUCUGUUUAUUGCCAUUUCACAUACACAUGACGUGUAAAUGAUGAAGUCUAGCAGAUGUUGGCUGAUGUUUAGCUGGACAGAGUGACAAAAAGCUUUGCAACCAAAUAUUUAACAUGAAGCAGCACCACCUGGCGGCUCAUUUAGACCACUGCACUGCCUCCACUUUUGGAACUUGAUAGUUGAGGGCCUCAAAUUCUUCUCCUGGCUGCAGGUCUGGACCUGGAAUCGCUACAGUCUAAAAGAAAGAGUUGUGUUGAAAUUAAUGGAGAAGACACAUUAAAUUAUCAAAAGGAUAAACAGUUCACAGCUGAUUUUAGGCCCUGUCCACAUAGAAACAGUCUUAGGAUUUUUUUUUUUGGCGCGUUGAAAAAAAUUUCCGCCCACCCUGUGCGGAGUUAGUAAAUAGUUGAAUAUAAUACAAGUAGAAAGCAUCCAGAAAACGCUGUGAAUGAUAUAUAGUAUUCUACAUGGGUCACUAAUGGUGACAUGGUGUCAGUAAUGUUACUGUAAUGUUGGGUGAGACACACAAACACUUGACUUGAUUGCUGGAACAACAGGCUUUUAUUGCAGGUUUGAAUUGUCCCACAAGAGGCACAAUAGUCCCUAACACGGGCUACUGUUGCAGCUGUAACUUACGUCAAGCUGAAACUAAACUCUAAACCCCCGAUGCCACUUCCUGUCCGCUCGCCACUCAGCUCCACUAGGAAACAUAUUUAUAGCAACACACUCGAGCACGAGUUUUAUUUAUGUCUUAAAUGGCUUAUUUAUUCUUAUUAUGUCUACUAUAUUAGGUAAUACGAGUGUAAAGGUGACUAUAGCGGUGUUAGUUUAUGUGUAUAGGGUUCUAACAUUAAAAACGGUAUUUAGAAGCUUUUAAGCAGGUUUUGUAUGCUAUAACUAUAAAAUAUUCCAUUUAUAAAUAAGGAAUCCUACUCUGCGGAAAUUCACUUAUCACAGUCGGGUCUAGAAGCAAUUAAUCACCAUAAAUGAGGGAUUACUGUACUAUCCAGCACUUCACUCCAUUUAUCAACAGAUACCGUUAUCGGCAGAAGCUCAUUCCUCAAACUUCUGUCAUGUUAUGAACACAUUAUGCUUCUUUUACUGCGAUGCCACUGGAUUCAAAUAAACAAAUAAACAAAUAAACAGUUUGUGCAAAAUAAGACAAAUAAAACCGCUGCGUGUAACUUGGAGUGUUUCUUACUGGAUGUUUUAUAUUACAAGUAUUAAAGGGAGAACUCUCGCAGAACCAGCACGUUGCAGUCAUUGCAAAUUGCAUAUUUACAAUCCAACUGCGAAACUUGGAAAUAAUUCUAGAUGGCUCUGUGGAGCAUGGUGCCAUCAUCAUUUUCAGCACAAAAAACAAAAACAAAAACAAAAACAAAAAAAGAUACCGUUAGGAUCAGAUAUCUAAUUUUCAUGCCAAUAUCAUUGGGUAUCUCUAAAAAGUAUCAAAAUAGCCCUUGGCCUCCUUUUAAUCCUUCAGUAUGGCGUCCUUCGUGGAAAAGGUUCGGAUACGCCUAGUAUAAUUGUAAGUGAACAUAUACAUCAUGACUCGCCUUAAUGAUGGGGUCCUUGGCGGGGGCCCAGGAUGGCACGAUCUUUCCGUGGAGCCGCCAUCGGCUGUAGGGGUUGACGAGGUGUCGCUCAAUGACCAAAUACUCCAAGACGUCCUUUGCUUGCUCCUCGCUGCCCAACAUCAACCUUCCAAAGCGGUCGUAGAUAGCCAGAAUCUGCAGAAGGACAUGUUUAACCUCAACUACAGUGUACAGUCGUCGCAUCGUGGUUCGAUCACCGCUGCCUCACUCUAUCGUGGUAUUUAAAAAAAUUAUUAAUUAAUAAAUGACCGCUGACCACCUGAAUAUAUGCACACAUUUAAAUUUUUUUAGAUUGUUAGCCACCACCGGAAGAAAGAAUUGCACAUGUAUGAAAUCUUAUAUUGUCACUGUAGUCAAGACACACAUUAGAUAAGAGUAUAAAAUAUAAAAAUUAGGGAUGUUCUGAUCAAUAUCAGCCAAUUUGCAAUAAAAAACGUGAUCGACGUAUGCCAAUAAACACCUUUCAAAGCCGAUCACAAAAACCGAUCGGCAUGCGGCGGCAAAUCCUACACGGCUCAUAUUGAGCUGACACGGGCUACACCAAUCGAUGCCAGCGUGUUUGAGCCUUACCAAAUCUAUCUCAGUUUGACUAUUCUUGCAUCUUUGUUUAGACGCUUUGCUUAUCUGUCACUGGCUGUACUUUGCAUUGGCGGCAGCAAGCUAGCUAUCUCGCAGUUAACUAGAGUUAUCCGCCUAGCUUCCGGUCUUCGGACUCCAAAUGUGACUUUUUAGCACAGUAACAUUUUGUUUUUAAAACAACCAAAAGGUUAGUUCGGAGCUCGUUUUUGUCCCACGGGGAAGCCACAAGUGGAUAUCACGAUCAUGGGGUAUGUACUAGCUUUUUCAAAUGUCCCUGAACAACUUUACUCUCUUGAUGUCAAUAUACUAAUUAUGUCUUGUCCUCAAAACACUUUGUGUGCAGUUGUUUAAUGAACAAAAAUUGUUUCACACAAAUGGAGGCAAAAAAAAGCCAGACAAAUUCCAAGUUAAUCGAUGUGAUCGGUAUCGGCCGAUCUCACUCAUGAAUGAUCGGUAUUGGAAACGACAGCAUAAAACCCUGAAUCCUUAAUAAAAACCAUGGCAUGCCAUUAUCAACCAUUUCACUUUACGUCUCUGGCCAAAGUCACAAUAAACGUGCAAGCCAUCGCUAGUUUCAGUUUUAGUUUCAGUUAUGUCGCAGCUGCGUCGACAUGAGUCGGCUAGUCCGAGGGGUGUUGACACAAAGGUGUUCCACUGUAAGACUUUGUAAGACGAAGAAUGGCUUUAAUUACUCUUUUGCUGCUGUGCACCAGUGUUAACCCCUCUUCCACUGUGCUCGAUAAAUAUGUAUGUCAUCAUUUACAGGGGUGUCACGAGAUUUAGCCAGAUCAAAACACAAGAUUUCUUGCCUAUAAUAUAUUAAAUAAUUAAUCACAAAAUAAAUGCAAAUAAAUAUAAUUAUUAUUAAUAAUAAUAAUUAAUAAUAAUAAUGAAUUGUAAUAAUUUUGCCCGCCUCCAUUUAUUGCCAUGUGCACGCAUGUCUGUUUUCCUCGUCUGUUGCCUCCAAACAGGCAGGAAAAGGGUUCAGCACCUAGACGCUUCACAGAACGGACUGAGACGUCGUGAGAUGGAGUGCCACCUUUUGUCAUUCAUACAGUUGCUUUGUCUCUGUGGAGCCAUAGCAUACAGGCCAAAAGUUUGGACACCUUCUCAUUCUAGACAGAUUCUCAAAACUGUGAAUGAACACGUGUGGAAUUAUGUACGUAACAAAAAAGUGUGAAAUAACUCUAAAUAUGUCUCAUAUUUUACAUUUUCAUUUAAGUUUCAUUUUUUUUGAUAGCACUACAAACCCUUGGUGUUCUGUCAAUGAGCUUCAUGAGGUAGUCACGUUUUUCUCUUCACAGGUGUGCCUUGUCAGGGUUACUUUGUGGAAUUUCUUGCCUUAUUAAAGGAGUUGCAACCGUGGAGCUAUGUUGUGUGUCCAACUUUUGGCCUGCAUUGUACACACAGCAAAAGAGUGCAUCCUCGUGAGGAGCAAUGCAAGAUAGUAGAAAUUAGGAGGAAAAAAGAUCACUACAAAGCCAAAUGCCACAGCCCCCAUGCCUGAAUAUUAAUAACAAGCAAGGUGAGCCCAUUAACACAAACGAGACAGUAUGCCGAAUUCGUUUGAAAGUGGUGGUAACAUAAAACAAGCUUUCCCACCUAAACAUAUCCAACCAACCCAGUUUUCCCAUCUGCGAAAAACCCCACACACCAAUAGUCAACACUAACUGAGAUGUUUGAACGUUACAAUAAAUAUAAAUGCAACAGCGCAAAAUGGUGUGUGCUCACAGCGAGUUUAGUUUAAUACAUAGCAAAAUAAAUGCUGCUCUUUGAUAUACUCGUUGAUAUACGUUGAAAAGCCAGCAUUUCCAGAAAUGCUACAAAUGUUAGACGGUAUGAAUUGCCUGUGAGAAAAUACAUGUCACAAACGGCAAUUCCACAACUAUACAGAGUGAAAGAUUUCAAAUUAUUAUUACAUAUCAUAACUGGUUUAUUUAGUCUAAAAAAAUGUAUCCCAAUAAUAUCGUUUAGCGUCAAUUUGUGGGACAGUCAUUUCAAAACGCAGGUGUAGUGUUGUGCAACCAAAACAUUUGUUUGUCCAGUCAUUGUACUUUUCUUAAAAUUAAUGUUAAAAUUUUGCCCCAUCCAGUGGACCCAAUCUCGUGUAUUGUCUUGUCUCGUGAUUUGGGUGUCUCAUGACACCCAUAUUAUUUACACAUAAUCAGAUUGAAAAAGAUGAUAUUUUUCAUGAAAAUGUGUCGCCACACAUGGUAGUUGUGCCUAGUUUAGCCCAAACCAAAAUGUGACUGGCUGCAUCUCACCUGUCUGGAGUGCAUGCGCACCGUCACCUGGCCGUACAAGUUGCCCUUGGUGACCAUGUCCGGGCAGCGUGCGUGGACCACCCUGGGGGCCUCCAGCGACUCAACAAAACGCCAGCGGAGGGUCUUGUAGCGGUUACCCCUGGUCAUCUCCUGUGCGGCAGACAGACGGGUGAUGGGAGUUGAAGGUAAAAAAGUGCUGACAGGCAGGUGAGAACUUACGGGGUAACAUCGCUCUGUCACCAGUGAGUGAAGUUUCUCUUUGUUGAACCUGGAAAACAGCCAGAAGAUGUUCAUUAGAGCAGCUUGUGUGAGAACAGCAUGUCACGGCAGAAUUUACGUUCCACGUCUUACGUGCACAGUGCGCUGUGGGCCUCGAUGAAGAGUUCUUGAGCUUGCUCAGCAAAACCCUUUGUGGAAAACUCUGAGUCAUACUCUUUGAUCUUACGAAUUCUAUGAGGAUGACAAAAUAAUCUUUGAGUCGACUUGUUGGCUCCAAGAAGAAGCAGACAUUGCUGUGGAGACCGUCUUACGCCAGCUGUGAGGAGGCACUCUGUCGUAUCUGCUCAGUGCGCUGCUUUAAGCCUUCUUUUGACAAUGACGACAAACGAGCGUCUCCCUCUGGAGGGAUGUAGGGGUCAAAGAUUCCCGCUAAUAACCAGAAAGACGUGAUCAAAUCUGACACCUGGUGCAAACUUAAAAAAAAAAAAAAAAAAAAAAAAAAAGAGUUGUGAUAUGUUUGGAAAAGUCCACAGUACCAGUGCAGGAGAUGUUGAUGGUCCGCUCCAUGUAUUCCUGUCGGAAUACAACGCCGGCCGCUCGUGCCUUGGCCUCCAGGUUCAUGUCCUUCUUGCCCUUCAGCCCCACAGCUGGAGGGAUGAAGGAACGCUUCUUAGUCCUCACGGGCACAAUAAGUGGCACCGGGUGCCACAGCACACCCGCUGAGGUUUCGACAGCCUGACAGGAGAAAGAAGAAGUGAAUCCAUGUUUUCAGUAGCCACUGACAACAGUGCACAGUGCAGGCCUGUCACAAUAACCAAGAAAUCAAUUGACCGCACGGUAACUAAAAACAAACUUGAUCAUUUUGCAGGCCUCGGUAUAUUGACAUGUGCAUGCGUGUUUGAUUUCCUCCUCUGUCUCUACCAAGCAGGGCAUCGUGAUGAGAAGGAACAUUUGUGUGGGGAAGUAUUUCCUCGGCGAACCGCUCAAUCGUGGCAGAAUGUCAUCACAAACACCAACUCCCCUCCCGAACAAAAACUGUUGAUACAGCAGCCCGAAACGCCAGCGGAAAUUGGCUGAAAGAUGCCUCUUACAGAGCAUCAAUGGAAGCUAGCUGGGUUAGCUUAGCUUAGCAAAGCAUACUAGUGAGGCUGCGUAUGUUUACACCGUGUUGCCUUUUGCCGCUUGUUAAUGUAAGCAAGCGUUUUAUCAUGCCCGCAGACAUUGUGCAGGUUUUCAGUGAAAUAAGGACGAGAGGCACGUUCAUUCUUGCUUCCAGCUAAUCUUAGCAGACAUUCUCAACACACUCAAUACACUUCCUGCCUUCACAAUAAGAGCACCACAUCCUGUCUAAAUGUGCAAACAAAAAUACAGGGUGUCCUAAAAAUAUCUUACAUUACAAUCGGAAUUGCAUCGGUGACUAUGUCUUCCUUAACCACAAGCACAGGCAUUACAAUUUGUUGAGGAUUUUGUAGAAAUGUUUGCAGUGGCUGACAUCCCAUUUGAAAAGCUAGCUAAGCUACAUCCGCUUCUGAAUUACUGGGCAAAAUUGUCCAAUGAUGUAUUGCAUCAAGAAAGUGUACAUGCAAAUGAGCUGACGUUUGCUUUGACACACAAUGUGAACUUCAGAGCAGUUCCGGGUUAUUUCUCAGUUUUAUCGUCAACAUUCAGACAAUAACGAAAGCGACACUGAUUCAAAAUUUUAAAUAUUGCGAUUUUCAUUUCAGUGCAUUUUUUGCUAAAAGAGACAGAGUCCAUUUUAUUUUCUUUGGGCUUUUUCAUCUUUUUUUGUUUAAUUUUAUUUAAAAGCUCUUAUCAUUCAAAUCACAACGUUAAACACUCUUGAGAAAUUAAAGUUUCUAGAUUUUGAUGUGGCGCACUCACAUUAUAAUGCCAUAUGUCUUAUCAUUACAUAAAUGAAAAAAUGUUCUCAAAAUGAUGUUGACAAUGAUAUCGUUUAUCGGCAGUAAUUUGUAGGACAAGUAUCAAACAGCUAAAUUAGUUACCAUGACAGGCUGAGCACAGUGCUUCUCAUACUUUCAUUAAUCUGUGAUGGGCUGCCACAGAUCAAUUUGGACUGCCACAAAUAAAUUUGGCCUACCUCUUCAGUCACGUACUAAGCACCAAUAAUAUUAAAAUGCAUAAAGUACAUAGCUUAUACAUUAAACCUAAAGUGGCACCUCAGUUAGCAUCCACCCUCGUUAUCGUAAAAAAUUUACGCCACAAUUUUGCCUCGGUUUGCGUGCAUUCGCCGGUUAGCAUACAAUAUGGCACUCAUCUUGUCGAGUUGUUAAUUAACUGCAUGAGUACAACCGUGUUCUUAAUGUAGUUUUUUAAAUCACAAAACAUCCUUCUUCGAAAUGUACAGUGUUCCCUCGCUAUAAUGCGGUUCACUUUACGCGGCCUCGCUAUUACAGAUUUUUUUUGUGUGCAUGCUUUUUUUUUUUUACAGCAUAUGAACGUGGCCGCACGGUGGUCUAGUGGUUAGCACGUUGGCCAAUACAGUAACAGCCUGGAGAUCAGUAAGAGACCUGGGUUCGAUUCUGGCAUUUCUGUGUGGAGUUUGCAUGUGUCCCCGUGUGCGCGUGGGUUUUCUCCGGGUACUCCGGCUUCCUCCCACAUUCCAAAAACAUGCAGGUGAGGUUAAUUGGCGACACUAUGGCGAAAAAAUUGUCCAUAGGUAUGAAUGUGAGUGUGGAUGGUUGUUUGUCUAUAUGUACCCUGCGAUUGGCUGGCGACCAGUCCAGGGUGUACCCCGCCUGUCGCCCGAAGUCAGCUGGGAUAGGCUCCAGCAUGCCCCUGCGACCCUAAUGAGGACGAAGCGGUUUAGAAAAUGGAUGGAUGAACGCAUUGAUUGGCUAAGGGAGAACCCGCAUUCUCUUCUGCGUCCCGAUUGGCUAAGGGACCAUCAAUCAACCUCCUCCAAUCUCCUCCUUCAUGUGUCCUGUACGAUAUAGAAUGCGUUCAGCUUGCCUAAUUUACAUAAUUGUUCAAUUGCUAGCAGUGUGGCUCUUUAGUGCUGUAUGUUUGCAAAUUUUCUCCCCGACAAAACACGCAAUGUCGACUAAACGCUCUGCACUGACAAAGGCACCUGCAGCUGCAGCCAAAAGACAGAGGAAGACACACAAAAAGUUGGAAUUCUGGACAUGCUGAAGGAAGGUACAACUUACGCAGCCGUAGGGCGCCAUUACGGAAUAAAUGAAUCUUCGGUUCGUACCAUAAAGGAGGAGGAAAAUAACAUAAGGACGACAACAGCAAUAAACUUUAACAAGGAUGCAAAAAGGGCUUUAAUAGUCCGCAACAAGACCACGGAGAGAACGCCUAUGCGGAUGCCGGGGCAGAGACAUACGUGAACAAAUUUAAAGCCAUCAUCGAGGAAGGAGGAUAUAAGCCUGAACAAGUUUUUAAUAUGGAUGAGACAGGCUUAUUUUGGAAACACUACAUCGCUCAUUCAGCCCAUGGACCAGGGCCUGAGCCGUGCUUUCAAGGCCCUCUAUAUGCGUGACGUACAUAUUUACUUGUGUAUAAAGUGAGAAAAGUGUAUAAAGUGUGUGGUGAGGGGUUUUACAGCGUUAAAACAUAUACAAACAUGAUCAAAAUCUUAAGACCAGUUGAAAAAUUGCUAGAAUUUGCAUUUUGCACAUUUGGAUCUUAAUGAGGUUUUAAGUAGAGCUACAAUAUGCAAAAACAAGAAGGGGGAGUGAGACAAAAAGCAUUUUAAAAAAGUAAUUUAUUGAAAACAACAAUUGAACUGAAACAGGCUGUUUAUCAGCUGAUCAAAAGUUUAAGACCAUUGCUCAAAAAAUAACAAAAAACUCUCCAAACCAGAACAAAAAAUGUUCUCAGUAGGACUCAGUAAUGAGUAGCUCCACCGUUCUUGUUGAUCACUUCAAAAAUUGCUUUGGGCAUGCUUGAUGCGAGUGUUUCCAGGAGGCUAGUGGGAACAUUGCUCCAAGUGGUGAAGAUGGCUUAAUGAAGGGCAUCAACUGUCUGGAACUUAUGGCCAUUUUUAUAAACAUCCCUUGCCAUCCAUCCCCAAAUGUUCUCUAAGGCAGUGGUCCCCAACCCACUGGCCAUCGUGGGUCAUUUGGUACUGGGCCGCACAGAAAGAAAAAAUAACUUCCAUUAUUUCAUUUUUUUAAUGUUUUAUUUUGAAAAGUGGCCAGAUUCUCUCUGUUACAUCCGUCUCACUUGACACAUGUCCAUUGUGCGUGUGCUAACUUUCUAUCGCAGCACAGAUAGACUACUACAGUAUUUUUAGCAUUUUUCUUUCACCUCAUAUUUGGUCUCAAAUGCUGAUACUAUGUGGGAAUGCAUAAAGGUAAGUUUUGAUGACUUAUUGAGUGCUAAUGUGUAUAUUUGUCUGAAGUUAAUUCAUGCUAGCACACUGCCUUUUACCUCACACGUCAAACAGCCAUGUAAUAAUAAUCUCUCUGGAAAAACUUGGCUGGAACUUGAACUGGUGGAUGGUGGGUCAGCAUUCAUUUUGUGGUUUUAAUUUGAUCUUAUUCAUGUCUUAGUUUUACACAAUACAUAAUAAAUAAGAUUAAUUACAUCACUAUAAUGUACAACACCCCCCCCGGUCCACGGGAGAUUUGUGGGAACACAAGCCGGUCCAUGGGUCAAAAAAAGUUGGGGACCAGUGCUCUAAGGGUUUUAAAUGAGGGGAACAUGCAGGAUGGUCCAAAAGAGUGAUGUUAUUCUCCCUGAAGAAGUCCUUGGUCAAGCGAGCAUUGUGAACUGCAGCGUUGUCCUGUUGAAAAACCCAGCUGUUACCACACAGACGAGGGCCCUCAGCCAUGAGGGAUGCCCGCUGCAACAUCUGCACGUAAGCAACCGCCGUUUGACGACCCUGUGCCACCUGAAGCUCCGGUGUUCCACUGAAUGAAAAAGCACCCCAGAUCAUGAUGGACCCCCCUCCACUGUGCCGGGUAGAAAACGUCUCAGGUGGGAUCUCCUUGUCAUGCCAGUAACGUUGGAAGCCAUCUGGACCGUCAAGGUUACAUUUUUUCUCAUCAGAGAAUAAAACUUUUUUCCACCUUUCAAUGUCCCAUGUUUGAUGCUCCCUGGCAAAGUCUAAACAGGCAGUUUUGUGGCAUUGAAGGAGACGAGGUCUUUGAAUUCGUUUUUUGUUUUUUAAACCCUUUUCCCGCAGAUGCUGUGUGAUGGUUAUUUGCGCUGCAGUCGGUACCAGUAAGGGCCUUAAUGUGGGUGGAAGACCGCCCUGUGUCUUCAUGGACAGCCAAUCGGAUCCUCCGGAUCAGCGCAGGGGUGAUUUUUUUGGGUCUACCACCUGACUUUUUUGUUCCAUAAUGCUCAGGAUUUAAAAAAAAAAAAGUAGAAUGACUGAUUUACUGCACCCAACCUGAGCAGCAAUGGCACGCUGCGAGAGGCCUUGCUUAUGCAGCUCCACAAUCUGACCACGUUGAAAAAGAGAAAGCUUCUUAGCUUCAGCCAUCAGGAGGGCAUGACAGUGUCAAUGCCUCACAGAAAAUGAACAUUUUGAGCAAAUUUUGGCUUUUAUAGCCUGUGGUCUUUUUGAUCAGUUGAUAAACAGCCUAUUUCAUUUUUUUUUUUUAAGUUCCAAAUGUUUUUUGUCUCACUCCCCCUUCUUGCCUUUGCAUAUUGUAGCUCUACUUAAAACCCUCAUUUAGAUCCAAACGUGAGAAAAUGCAAAUUCUACCAAUUUUUCAACUGGUCUUAAGAUUUUGAUCAGGUCUGUAUAAUAAAUGAAAAAAACAUAUCCUGUAAAUGAAAGAAACAUAUAAUAAACAAAAAAACAUAUCCUGUAAAUGAAAAAAUAUAUAAUUAAUAAAAAAUAUAUAUAAAAACAUGAAAAAAAACAACUUCUACUACACGGAUUUCACUUAACAAUGGUAUUUUUUGGACGCUAACCCCCGCGUUAAACGAAGGAACACUGUAUAUGAAUGACAAAUGAGAUAAAUGAACAUUUAAGCUUAUUUUUACCUUCACUGAAGACAUGCCUGUUCCCUUCCCAAAGACAUUCAUUCAUUUCAUUCAUCAUUUUAAACAUUCAUUCAUCAUUUAUAUGUAUUUAUAUGUA